CAUUCGAGACAAACUAAUCGAAUACUUGUCAGAAAUAUAAAACAUUUCAUCGCCGAAAUAAACACCGUUUGAGGAAAGAUCGGCCGCUCAUAUUUUGCAUCUACAAACUUGGACCAUUUUGGGAUCCAUAUAACUAAAAAUUUCGCAGAAUCUGGACCACAAAAGCUCAGCCCUGAUGUUCGCCCCGGGGACAGAAGUCACAGCAAAAUUUGCAUUUAGAAAAGGAAGCCACAGGGAUUUGCCAUUUGAAAAAGGUGACACAUUGAUUGUGGUUGAAAAAACUGAGGAUCCAAAUUGGUUGAAAGCACAAAAUCUUAGAGGAGAUGUUGGUUAUAUACCAGUCAAUUACAUUGAAAAAAAGAAGGGAAAGGAGGCAAUACAGCUUCACAAGAUGCCUUGGUUCCAUGGGAGAAUUGACCGACUGCAAGCUGAGAAUUUGUUGUUGAAAAAACCAGAAGACGGCCUCUUUCUUGUUCGUGAAAGCACCAACUAUCCUGGGGAUUUUGCUUUGUGUGUUUGCUAUCUACGAAAGGUUGAACAUUACCGUGUUAUGUACCAAGAUGACAAGCUAACCGUUGAUGAAGAUUCAUCGUUUACUAAUUUAACCCAACUGGUCAAUCACUAUUUAGAAGGAGCUGAUGGUUUGAUUUGCCGCUUGAACAGACCUUUAAAAAAAGAAGGGACACAGGCUGUGUCUGUAGAUGCAGAAUCUUUUAAAAAUUCUGGUUGGCAUAUACGAAGGAAAGAUAUAGACCUGAUGAAAGUGGUUGGUCACGGUGAAUUUGGAGAUGUAUGGGAAGGAAGAUUUAGACAAAAAAGAGUCGCUGUGAAAUCUAUGAAAGAAGAAGGAAGAGCUGCCCAGACAUUCCUGACAGAAGCUUCUGUUAUGACGGAUCUCAAUCAUAAGAAUCUCGUAAUGUUACUGGGAGUUUCCUUGGACGAAUCACCAAUAUAUAUCAUUACUGAAUUUUGUGAUAAAGGAAGUUUAGUUGAAUACUUGAGAUCCAGAGGGCGCGCUGUUAUAACUCAGAAGGAUCUUAUAGGUUUUGCAAAGGAUGUUGCAGCAGGAAUGCACUAUUUGGAAUCAAAAAACUUCAUCCACAGAGAUUUAGCGGCAAGGAAUGUGUUACUGGACGAAAAUUGUAUGGCAAAAGUGGCAGAUUUUGGUCACGCUCGUCAGCAGAAUAUUAGCAUCUCUGGGAAGCUCCCGAUCAAAUGGACUGCCCCAGAGGCUUUGAAAGAAGGGACAUUUUCGUCAAAGUCUGAUGUAUGGAGUUUUAGUAUCUUUCUUUGGGAAAUCUAUUCCUUCGGACGUGUUCCGUAUCCGCGAAUUCCACUGACGGAUGUUCUAACACGAGUUGUCAGAGGUUACAGAAUGGAGCAACCGGACGCAUGUUUACCGGAAAUGUUUUCCCUCAUGAGCUCGUGUUGGGAACUUUAUCCCAGAGAAAGACCAAGCUUUAAAACAAUUGUAGAAACACUUGACAAAUUCGACGAUAAUGGUCGUUGCCCCACUGUAAUUUGAUCGUCAAUUCUGAAUAUCUCGUUUUACUGGUUAUUCCAGUCAUGCUGGUUUUACAUAUCUCGUUAUUCCAGUUUAGCAUAUCUUGUCAAACUGGUUUUACAUAUCUUGUAUAUCAGGUUGUAUAGGUUUCACAUAUCUCGUUAUACUUGUUGACUGGUUCACCUCAUCUAGUUCAACUGCUAUCUUGAUAAACAACGUACCAUGUUAGUUCAUUGCCAUAGUUGGUUUUGCUAUUUCUGAUUACCAAUGUCUAUACCUAUUUCAUCGUACUAGUUUUAGAAGCUGGAGAUUUCUUGACUAGCUUCACGUGAAAAUACUGGAAAUGAAAUGUUAUUGCAAUAGAAAUUCGUAGAUAGUGUUAGAAUUUUUUUUAAUUAAUCACGCUGAAUAAUUGAAUAUAGCAAAAUUUCACGUCUUUAUGCCAUAUACAAUUAGCGCCACUUGUAGACAAGAUGUGAAGUUUUUCAAUGCAAUUCUUCUUAACGAGAUGUUACUUUAUGCUUAUUGAACUGUAAUAUACUAUAUCAUGGCAAAUGUUACAUUUGUUGUUCACUCAAAAGUUAAUGCAUGCAACCAUUGUAUGCUCAAGUAUUUUUAAUAACAAAU